CUGUCCUCGUCUACCACACGAGGUCCUCAUCUCCAAAACAAACAAGAUGGCGGCGCGCAGGGGCUGGGCUCUCCUUCAGCUAUUACGGACAAGAAAUGUGACUCAGAUUCGGGUCCCCGACACCGCGUGGGCCUCAUACCACACACAGACCAGGGGCCAAGAGUCCAGAAGACUGCAGUCUGUGACAAGGAGCACACUUGUAUCCAGGAGAGCCUUGUCCAUUGAAACACAGGAUACACCAAACCCGCGGAGUCUGAAGUUUCUGCCUGGGAAAGCCGUACUCGGGAAUGGAACACUGGAUUUCCCUUCCCCGAGCUCGGCUGAGUGCUCCACUUUAGCCAGGAAUUUGUUUGACAUUGAAGGAGUAAAAAGUGUGUUCUUUGGCCCGGACUUCAUAACACUGACAAAGACAGAUGAGGAGAUGGAGUGGACACAUAUCAAACGCCAUGCAGUGGAAGCUAUUACUAAGUUUUUUGAAAGUGGUGACCCUGUAACAACUGGUGCAAUACAUAAUGAAAGCAGUCACUGUGAAGAUGAUGAUGAUGUAGUAUCACUCAUAAAAGAACUCCUGGACACCAGAAUCAGGCCAACCGUACAGGAGGACGGAGGUGAUGUCAUCUUUAAAGGCUUUGAGGAUGGAGUUGUGAAGCUAAAGCUGGUUGGUUCCUGCACUGGUUGUCCAAGCUCCACAGUUACUUUACGAAGUGGGAUUCAAAACAUGAUGCAAUUUUAUAUCCCAGAGGUUGACAAAGUGGAACAGGUUGAAGAUGAAGUUGAUGAAGUCAAUGCAAAGGUUUUCCAAGAGGUUGAACAUAAACUGCAAGAAUAAAGAAAGAAAGAAAUGGUUAUCGAUAAAAACAAAAGUGUAAAUACCACAUUGCAUAGUACUGAGUGCAUAUGUUUUGUAUUUAUAACUCACCUGUGACUGUAUGUGAUGCAUUUUAAUGUAAGGAUGUUUAAAGUUAUGUGAAAAAGCUGUUUUCCAGUUCAGUAACAAAGAAAGCUGCAUUCAUGAAUGAAGUCACUGUAAAACUUUAUUUGACAAAUUGUAUGGCAUAAAUACAUGUUUUUUCCUG